AUGUGUGCGCUGGGCUCCGCCGUCGUGCAAUGGUUUUUCGCGUGGCGGAUCUACGUGGUGUCCACUGUUAGGGCUCGUGUGUUGGUAGCGGGCAUCGUGACGCUAUCGCUCGUACAGGCAACAUGCGGGAUCGUUGUGGGAGCGGAGGUGAAGAGUACGACGUCCGUCAAAGACAUCUUCUCGACCUCGAGACGCAUAUGCCUCAUCGCUAUGGUGCGGCGGAAGACGGGUAUACCUGCGACGGACUUGCUGGUCGACAAGAUCAGCCGUUUGGUUGUGGAGACCGGUACUAUCACAGCGAGUGUUGCCAUCGUAGGAUUUGUUCUGGCAGUCGUGUAUCCAAAGAAGGGAUAUUUUCAGCCAGCGUAG